AUGUCGAAAAUGAAGGAUUUUGGUGGUGGUAGAGAUAUAAUCAGUGAUUUACCAGAUGCACUGAUAGGUCACAUUUUAUCAUUCCUUCCAACUAUAGAAGCUGUUGCCACUACUGUUCUUGCCAAAAGAUGGAAGCCUUUGCUUUCGUUUGUGCACAGUCUUGACUUUGAUGACUCUUUGUGUUUACAUCCCGCAAAGACUAACGAAGAGAAGAGAACAAAUGCUACAAGUUUUAUGCGGUUCGUGGAUGGGGUGUUGGCUUUGCAAGGGAAUGCUCGAAUAAACAAAUUCCGCCUAAAUGGUAAACAUAUUAUCAAUGAAAGAUGGGUGCUGGAUUGGAUACAAAAUGUGUUGAAACGUGAUGUAUCAGAUAUUCGUCUAUACGUCUCUUCCUGUUCGGAUGGUUUUGACUCGAGUUUUUAUCAUUUGCCUCCAGAGAUUUUUGUGAGUCAAACACUAGUUACGCUAAUAAUAAUGUUUGAAGGUGACAUCAACAUUAGUGUGGGAAGAGAAGUUUCUCUUCCGAAGCUCAAGACUCUCCAUCUGUACCAUUUCAAGAUAAAAUUGAGUACGUUUAACAAGCUUAUUUCUGGUUGUCACGCACUCGAAGAAUUGAUGAUGAUUAAUUGGAAAUGGGAUGAGUCUUCGGAACCUGAACCUUGCUUUGUGACCAUAUAUCUCCCAAACCUCAAGAUACUAGAGUAUUGUCGUUUUGAAAGAUAUGAUGAGGCUAACGAUAAAGUCUCAUUAUUAUUUCAUAAUCCAAAGGUGGUCUACCUAGAAUUUUUUGAUUCAAUUGCGGAUAGGUAUCAACAAGUGAGUUUCGGUUCACUUGUUGAAGCUAGACUCGGAAUUCGACUGACAUAUGAUCAGGUCUAUAACCAUUUGGAAACCGAAUAUUAUGUUUCAUCCAAGGAAAAGAGUAAUGUAACAAAUCUUCUCACUGGAAUAUGCAAUGUCAAGAUCCUCUACUUGUCUGAUGAAACUCUUGAGGUAUUUGGCUGCUGCCGUGAUACAAUACCAGUAUUCAGCAAUCUCAUUGAAUUAACUAUUCAGACUAAACCACAUAUAAUAUGGAAACCAUUGCCAGCUAUGCUCAACAAUUGUCCAAAUCUAAUAACUCUUAUCUUCGAAGGAAUGCAUCACAUAUAUUCAGAUAGAUGCGAGGACGAAGACGGGUGCUUAUGUAGAUAUCCUACUAAUUUUGUGGGGGGAGUGGUUGCUCGUCCUUGCCUAUCAUCAAGUCCGGUCAAGGUUCUAAAGAUUUUGAACUUUGGUGAAAUUUGCGAUGUACAUGAGGACGAUGAGGACGACGACGACGAUGAUGAUGAUGAAGAUGAGGAAUUUGUUUAUUGUUUAAGGGAGUAG